AUGUACUUUGGGGAUACCGAGGUUUCCCAGCCCACCGCGCCUCCCGGAAUAAGCUGGAUCUACCUCAAGGACAUGACGCACUACAUGUACUUUUGGAAACGCCCUCAAAAAGUCAUCUUUGACCUGGGAAACCUGAUCAACGAGAAAUACACCGGCAUCUUCAACACCACCAUGACAGCCAUCUUCUACAACGACCCAAACCCCCACCCCGCCAACCAAGCCCAGCAAGCCCCUCCCUCAGACCUGAUCUUCCCCAUCUCGGCCCGGUUGUCCUCGACCAAUUCGCCAAGCGUGUUCACCCUCCCCUCCCAACGCGCCAUCACUACCUUUUCCGCUGGCUCCCUUCCCCGUGACAUCCGCCGCGCGGUCGUCUCCCUCUCCACCACGGGACAGGCAAGCGAAGAAUUCUUUUGGUCCAACGUCCUCGAGUCAGACACGGCAACAUUCGAAGAUGACCCCCUCCCGGGGCUGUCCCCCUUUAGAGAGGUGCAGCUCUACAUUGACAACCAACUCGCCGGGGUGUCGUGGCCUUUUCCCGUCAUCUUCACCGGGGGUGUAGUACCGAGUUUGCACCGGCCCAUCGUUGGGAUCCAGGCGUUUGAUAUCAAGGAGCAGGAGAUCGACAUCAGCCCCUGGUUACCUCUGCUCUGUGAUGGAGAGGAACACACGUUCGAGAUCAAGAUUGCCGGCGUGGGCAGGGAUGGGAAGUUGACGGAAAAGGUAGGGGACAACUGGGUGGUGACUGGCAAGAUGUUUAUCUGGUUGGAUUACGACAGGAAGGAUGAGCACGCUUGUGCAAAGGGGGAUGGGUGCAUCACCACUGGGCUGAAGCAGCCGAUGGUUACAGCGCUGGAGCCCGAGAUUGUGGCGCGCAGUGAGGCCAAGCUGGAUCGGCAGCAGCUAGGUAAUGAGACGUUGGAUUACUCGAUUGUGGUCAAAAGAAAGAUCGAGAUUAGGGGGCAGGUGUCGGCUUUCCUGGGCCGGGAGAAGAUGCAGGAAGUGAAAUGGGUGCAGGAGCUGGCGUAUUCAAAUCAGGGGUUGAUUUCUCAGCAUGGAUUGCAGGCGAUAAAUGAUUUAACGAUCGAGGGGAGAGACCAGGCUGGGUUUGUUUCCAACGAUCUGGAGAAAGGCAACCAGCGGGGAGGGUAUGAGGUGCUGUAUCAGUACCCGCUGUCCGUGAACUCAAGCUAUGCGGUAUCAGAACAGGGGAACUUGAGUAUUUGGGCGCACGCCAUUCAGGGAAGGCAGGUAGAGGUGGACGGAUGGGGAGGAGGGGUGGUGUUCCCGACCGGACUGGAAGCCUUUGACACGGGAUACAGCAGGUCCAAGCUGUACACGAUCAAAGAGGGCAUAGCAGAGUAUCGCCAGACAGGCGAUCAGAUGAGCAGUACAGGAUGGGGCGAGUCGAGCCAAGAGUUUGAGUUUACGGGUGACGGAGAAGAAUUGUACUGGAGGAGCGUGGGGGCUGUGAAUGGGACUGUUAUUUAUGACCGGAAGAGAAUGGGAGGGGACGUGAUUGUGGGAGGUCCCAGAAUAGUGUCUCAAGUGGCACUGAACAGUGACGGCGUUUCUACUCAGGCUUCUGGAUAUGAUUCUGGAGAGGCGGUAGCAAAAUGGCCAAGGUUGUUUCCGAAGGAAAAUGGGGCUUGAGCCUGGGUUUGAUCUAUUGAUUGGUAUGAGACAGUAGCACAGCCACUGUUUACUUUCUCCUCUUGAUGAUGUACCCACAUGUCGAUAUGGCAACGUGUUGAGUGAUCCGGAGUUACGGAUAAUGGGAGGUGAGUGAUAAUGGCACCACGGAUGGCACUCCUUUCUCAUAGGUAAACUGGGAAAAGAGGCCGCCAAGAUAUUUGG